CCACGCCAUACAGAUAAUUUUUGGAAUAAGAAAAAAACAUUUAUGUUGUGUGGGAUUUGUGUUACCAUUAAAAGUUAAAUAAAAGCAAGUGAAAUCUGUUCAAAGAUCAAAACGAAACCUUUUAGCGGACAGUUGAUUUUUUUUCAACAAAUGAAUCUUGUGUAACUUGAAAAUAUGCAUUUGAGAGCAGGGUCCAAAAAGGAAGCAAAAGAAAUUGUGUGGAUUUGCCUUUUUUUCUCAAUUUCAUUUUCCAUCCUGUACUGCGAUGCUCAUGGGAGACUUAUUGAACCACCAAGUAGAGCAUCGGCUUGGCGUUAUGGAUUUCAAACACCACCAGACUAUAACGAUCAUGAAUUAUACUGUGGCGGGUUUACCCGCCAGUGGAAAAAAAAUAAAGGAAAAUGCGGAGAAUGCGGAGACCCCUGGGACAUUCCGGAGCCACGUCCUCAUGAAAGCGGCGGUCAAUGGGGGCAAGGCUUAAUCGUGAAAACUUAUUUUCCUGGAUCCGAGAUGACGAUACGUGUCGAAUUAACUGCUAGUCAUAUGGGAUAUUUUGAGUUUCGGUUAUGUCCAAGGCCAAAUGCUAAACAGUUCUGUCUGGAUCAAAAUGUUUUGCCGAUAAUGGGUGGAUUUCCUAUCCAGCCAAGUCCAACGGAUUUGCAAAGUAGAUUUUAUCCCCGAAAUGGAAGUCGCAUUUAUGAAAUUAAAGCCCGUCUACCAGACUUUACAUGUGACCAUUGCGUGUUACAAUGGCGUUACAUUGCUGGUAAUAACUGGGGAAUCUGCGACGAUGGCAUCGGUGCUGUUGGCUGUGGCCCACAGGAAGAAUUUCGAUCGUGUUCGGAUAUCUCCUUAAGUCAAGAUUUGCCUGUUCCUACAAAGAACCCAUUAUUCACUACAUCUCCAAAAUCUACUAAAAUAUUAACAUCAACAGAACAAAUGGCAGAUAAUAACCACAGAGAAUCAUUAAAUUAUUGCCUUUUGAUUUCUUUGGUUAUCAUAAUAUUUUGUUCUGUUUUGGGAAUUUGGUACAGAUUUAAAGAGUUAAAACAAUUUUUGUACAAAAAUACAAUUUUAAACGAAAGAAAACAAUUUUCUUUUGGAACUUUUUUCCACAAAACCAAUUUUUUUCAAUUUAAAUGUCAUUCAUCCCAAACAGCCAGUGAUCUCAGCAAUGAUAUAGUUCGAAACCCUCCAAUUCCACCUCCUAGAACUAAAAAGCUAGAAAAAAUAAUAACAAUUCAAGUUGAUGAGUCAAUCUCAGUUUAAACAAGAAAUUAUUUAAUUUAUAAAGCCA